AUGUUGCAACAAUAUUUAUUCGCUUAUAAAGCACACAAACACAACUUUCUCCGCUCCUUGGUCCAAAGUAGUGAUGACGUCAUUAACAGUAGCGACGACGUCAUUAACAGUAGCGACGACGUCAUUAACAGUAGCAACGACGUCAUUAACAGUAGCGACGACGUCAUUAACAGUAGCGCCGACGUCAUUAACAGUAGCGCCGACGUCAUUAACAGUAGCGAUGACGACGUCAUUAACAGUAGCGACGACGACGUCAUUAACAGUAGCGACGACGUCAUUAACAGUAGCGCCGACGUCAUUUACAGUAGCGACGACGUCAUUAACAGUGGCGACGACGUCAUUAACAGUAGCGACGACGUCAUUAACAGUAGCGACGACGACGUCAUUAACAGUAGCGACGACGUCAUUAACAGUAGCGUCGACGACGUCAUUAACAGUAGCGAUGACGUCAUUAACAGUAGCGACGACGACGUCAUUAACAGUAGCGACGACGACGUCAUUAACAGUAGCGCCGACGUCAUUAACAGUAGCGCCGACGUCAUUAACAGUAGCGCCGACGUCAUUAACAGUAGCGACGACGUCAUUAACAGUAGCGACGACGUCAUUAACAGUAGCGAUGACGACGUCAUUAACAGUAGCGACGACGUCAUUAACAGUAGCGACGACGUCAUUAACAGUAGCGACGACGUCAUUAACAGUAGCGACGACGUCAUUAACAGUAGCGAUGACGACGUCAUUAACAGUAGCGACGACGUCAUUAACAGUAGCGAUGACGACGUCAUUAACAGUAGCGACGACGUCAUUAACAGUAGCGCCGACGUCAUUAACAGUAGCGAUGACGACGUCAUUAACAGUAGCGAUGACGACGUCAUUAACAGUAGCGACGACGUCAUUAACAGUAGCGACGACGUCAUUAACAGUAGCGACGACGUCAUUAACCGUAGCGACGACGUCAUUAACAGUAGCGCCGACGUCAUUAACAGUAGCGAUGACGACGUCAUUAACAGUAGCGGCGACGACGUCAUUAACAGUAGCGAUGACGACGUCAUUAACAGUAGCGACGACGACGUCAUUAACAGUAGUGACGACGACGUCAUUAACAGUAGCGACGACGUCAUUAACAGUAGCGACGACGACGUCAUUAACAGUAGCGUCGACGACGUCAUUAACAGUAGCGAUGACGACGUCAUUAACAGUAGCGCCGACGUCAUUAACAGUAGCGACGACGUCAUUAACAGUAGCGUCGACGACGUCAUUAACAGUAGCGACGACGACGUCAUUAACAGUAGCGAUGACGACGUCAUUAACAGUAGCGCCGACGUCAUUAACAGUAGCGAUGACGACGUCAUUAACAGUAGCGACGACGUCAUUAACAGUAGCGACGACGACGUCAUUAACAGUAGCGAUGACGUCAUUAACAGUAGCGACGACGUCAUUAACAGUAGCGACGACGACGUCAUUAACAGUAGCGCCGACGUCAUUAACAGUAGCGAUGACGACGUCAUUAACAGUAGCGACGACGUCAUUAACAGUAGCGUCGACGACGUCAUUAACAGUAGCGACGACGACGUCAUUAACAGUAGCGAUGACGACGUCAUUAACAGUAGCGCCGACGUCAUUAACAGUAGCGAUGACGACGUCAUUAACAGUAGCGACGACGUCAUUAACAGUAGCGACGACGACGUCAUUAACAGUAGCGACGACGUCAUUAACAGUAGCGACGACGACGUCAUUAACAGUAGCGAUGACGACGUCAUUAACAGUAGCGACGACGUCAUUAACAGUAGUGACGACGUCAUUAACAGUAUGGCUCAGAUGGAGCAUGGCUCCUGCGUCAGGAUAGUGGGUUCCUCUCCCGGGGACACCCCCCUAUAUGUAAAACGUAUGCAUGCAUGA